UACGAGAAGUGCACCGCCAAUACCGACUUGUCCCUCGCUUGUACUCGAGCUAUCAACAGUAGCAUGGCUAAGGCAGUGAUGAAGUGCGCAGUUUUGCUGGCGUUGUGCGUGUUGAGCGCCACAGCGCAGGAGCUUCUGACCGCCACCAACUACCGCACUGACGACGGCCAGCAGAGGAGCGAAAGCACCGACGGACAAGGCAACGUCCGCGGCGAGUACAGCUACGUGGACCCCAACGGAAAGACCAUCACCGUCAAGUACACCGCCGGCAAGGACGGAUUCAAGGUUGAGGGCGACCACCUGCCCAAAGCACCGGCAGUUCCCGCCCCCGCGGCCCCCGCUGCCCCCGAGUACCGUCGUCCCCAGCAGCAGCAGUGGAACCAACAGCCUGCCCAGCCUCAGGCGCCCCAGCAACCCCAGCAGAACCCCCAGCACAUCACCGACCCCCUGUGGAACGCCCACACCCAGCCCCACUGGGCCCAGACCCUCCAGCAGCAGCCCCAAUACAACCCCCCUCAACCCCAGUACAACCCCCCUCAGCCCCAAUACAACCCUCCUCAAGCCCAGUACAAUCCCCCUCAGCCCCAGUGGAACCAGCCCCAGCCCCAGUACAACCCUCAGCAGCAGUUCGCCUCUCAGGCCCCGGCCACCCAGCAGCUGCAAAACUUCCCCGGACUGCCGCAGCCGUCCAACUACCUGCAGCCGCAAGCCGCCCCUCAGCAGCAGCCGCGCGGUCAGGUGUCCGUCACCAACACCCCCAACGCUGGCUACAGCUACAGUUACAACGUUUGAGUGUGUCUGACUGCCGACUGUGUCUCUUUCUGUGAUGCUCCUUUCCUUUGAUAUAAUUUUUAAUUCAGAAUUACGAAUGAAUGCAGUGCGAGAAAAAAUGGAGUUAUGCAUGAGUUACGUGAAGCUGAUUAUAUAUGAUUGCUGUGCGACUGAUUUGUUGUUUUGAAUGAAUUGUGCUUUUUAUCUUCAGUAUGUGUUUGAACUCUCGCCAUAAUCUGCUUCUCUUUUUCCCCCUUUACAUUUUGACUUUUUUUUUCAUUUUCUCUCAAUUCAGAGUUUCUCUAUGCUUUUAGUUUUUUGUUUGUUAACUUAGUUGGUCGCAUGAUUGAAAUUAAAUUUUUCAAAUUUGAGGGACUAACUUAGAAACAUCUCUAAAUAGGUCUAGGGGUCAUUUGAAACCUUUCUAUGCAUCGGAAACAUAGAUUUUCUGAAUAAUUACUGUCGUUUGCUCAUUUUUUCUAGCUUAAUUCUUGACUUUCUUUCCUUAGCUCCUUUCCUAGUCUAUAUCGUUCUGUCCUUUUCUUCUCUUCACUUUCGCACCUGCUUCAACCAUUAAUCAAAAUGUUUUAUGUGAGUUUUGUGAGAAAGAGUUAUGUGAAAAUAAUAAUAAAAAAAAUAUAUUCUGCAAAUGAAAACAGAAUUGAAAGUAA